AUGCUUUAUGGAUACAGUCAAACCAAUGCAUUUCCUCAGCAACAAACCCACCUUUCUUUCUUCAAAGAUGGAAUCACAGUCAACAGUCAAAACCUUAUUUGUCCGUUCUUUGUCGUCGAGUUCAAGGUGGAUGGUCCUAGUGGGGGUGGAAGUAUGUGGAUGGCGACGAAUCAGUGCCUUGGAGGCUCUGCAUCAUGCGUCAACAUCGCAGAACGCCUCAGCAGGCAAUUUAAGAAUAAGAAGGUCCGGGCUAGUGAUAGUGCUGCAUUCAGCAUUGCCAUGAAUGGCAUGGAGGCGCGGCUCUUCAUAACCUGGAAACAUGAUGAGCUCAAAUACUAUAUGCGAAAGGUUAGGAGUUUUUUGCUUCAGGAUCCAGAACAUUAUGCAAAAUUUCUCAAGUAUGUUCUGAACAUCAUCCAUUGGGGUAUGGGCGAGCGCUUGAAAGGAAUUCAAAAUUCAUUGGACACCUUCCUCGAGGAAGAAAGAUAG